GGACCGCCCCGCGAGUUCCGCGCAGCCCCGAGCGCCGCCACAACUUUGCGGAGUGGCGGCGAGAGGGAACCCCCCCCUCGGCAACGCGCGCCUACCCACGCGAGACCGGACCCCACGCGGCGGCACCCCGAGUCCCGCGCGCCGCCGCGAGCGCGGCCCCGCAGCCUUCCUCCCCCCGCUUCUUCUCCUCCUCCUCUCCCUCCUCGUCCCGCUGCCGUCCGGGCCGGGAGGGGCCGCGUGGGCCGUUUCUUCUCCCGACGCCCCCCAGGCUGCGCCCGCGGCAGCUGCUACCCGGCCACCGGGGACCUGCUGGUGGGGAGAGCCUCGCGGCUCAGCGCCUCGUCCACCUGCGGGCUGCGGCGGCCCCAACCCUACUGCAUCGUCAGCCACCUCCAGGAGGAGAAGAAAUGCUUCGUCUGUGACUCGCGGAGACCCUACGAUGCCCGCAGCAAUACCGACAGCCACCGCAUCGAAAAUGUGCUGACCACCUUUGCCCCCCGCCCCAAGAAGGCCUGGUGGCAGGCGGAGAACGGCGUGGAGCACGUCAGCAUCCAGCUGGACUUGGAGGCUGAGUUCCACUUCACCCACCUCAUCAUGACCUUCAAGACCUUCCGCCCCGCAGCCAUGCUGGUGGAGCGCUCGGCCGACUUUGGCCGCAGCUGGAAGACGUACCGCUACUUUGCCUAUGACUGUGCUGCGUCCUUCCCCCACGUCCCCCGUGGGCCCCCGCGCCGCAUUGACGAUGUGAUCUGUGAGUCGCGCUACUCUGACAUCGAGCCCUCCACCGAGGGGGAGGUGAUCUACCGCGUGCUGGACCCCGCCAUCCCCAUCCGCGACCCCUACAGCCCCGCUAUCCAGGAGCUGCUGCGUGUGACCAACCUGCGGGUGAACCUCACCAAGCUGCACACGCUGGGGGACAACCUGCUGGACUCACGGCGGGAGAUCCGCGAGAAGUACUACUAUGCGCUGUAUGAGAUGGUGCUGCGUGGAAACUGCUUCUGCUACGGGCACGCCUCGGAGUGUGCGCCGCUCAGCGGGGCCACAGCCACUGUGAAUGGCAUGGUGCACGGGCGCUGUGUCUGCAAGCACCACACGCAGGGGCUGAACUGUGAGCGCUGCGAGGACUUCUACCACGAGCUGCCCUGGCGCCCGGCUGAGGGC